GAUGUUAGUUCAGAUUCAAAUGCAGAAAAACUUGCUUUGAAAUACUGUCCUCAAGUUGUUUUAAGUAAUCAAUCAUUAUUUACUUUACUGAAUAAUCAUGGACUAAACUACAAGGAACAAUGGGAACUUCCAGUUUGUAUUAAAAUGAUCCCUGUUGCAGGUAGCAGACCAUCUAAAGUGGUUUAUGUUGAUUCACCCCUGCUGAGAAAGGAAAUGACAGUGAGAGAGAGGAACCAAAUCUUCCAUGAAAUUCCAAUGGACUUCCUAGCAACUAAAAUGUCUUAUGUUUCCAUUUCUGAUGUAUCGAUGGACAAACCAGCUGAGGACAAUCUGUUUCAGUGGGAUAUGUCUUCUGAUACCUACCAGUGCAGGAAGAUUCCUCUUCCAGAUGACACAGGGAUGGACUUUGAUGAUGAUGUUACAGAACUGGAAACUUUUGGAGCAACUGUCAAGCUCUCAAGAACUUCUAAAAUGGAAGAUACUUUUCCUACAGUUAGUAACACUGCUAAAGUUUCAUCACAUGGCCUAAAAAUGGGGGAAAAAAAUACAUCCACCAUAAACAGUGGAGGUGAAGAAGAGAAAAACACCAUUUCUGAGCAAGGAGUUUCAGCAUGUGCCAGCAUGCAGCUUCCAUCAUUAGAUGGCGUUCUGUGCUUCAGCCUUGAAGAAAAUUCAUCUCAUAAAAGCUUUAAUUCAGAGGAGGUAGGACUGAACAAAGCACAGCAUAUCAUGACCAAAGAAGUAUCGGGCAAUGAAACAGAAUUAAAUACUCUAUCUAAUGCUGUUAGUUACAAGAAAGAGUCUCAUGCUGCACCAAAAAAUGAGACUUGCACUUCUUUAUGCAGUAGUGACACGGAUGAAGAGCGUUUGAUAAUUGAUACAGAAUGUAAAAACACUGAUUGUUGCAAAACAACUGUACCAAACGCUGUUUCUCAUACCUCAGCAGAGACUACCAAAUCGCCUUCCCCCACCCAGAUUCCAUUAGCAAGCAUGACUGAUUGCUCAGAUAUCAUGGAUCAGGGAAAAAAUGCCUCCAGAAAGCCUACAAGAAAGUUGUCCAAAGAAUUUGAUCCUGUUGGACAGAUUUUGAAAAUGCAAACUGAACUUCUCAAGUCACCUUCCCAAAAAGCUCAUGAGCAGCCAGUGGUGAGCUGUGAUAAUUCUAAUGCUACGCCAGCCCAUGUGUCUCAAUCUCCAAAACCAUUGGUGACCUCCAGCACAGAAACACUGCCAGCCCCUGCCUCAAAUCCCAGUGGCUCCUCUAGAAAUACCUGGACUUGGCUUUUUCAGGGAGUGCCAAAGAGAAAGCUGCCAAAUGAACUUCAGAUGCUUGAAGAAGACCCUUCAGAGUAUAAAGCACCUCAGGAUGGCAACCUUGUGUAUAAGCUAUUCAGUUUGAAUGAUCUGUUGUUACUUGUGCGUUGCAGUGUGCAAAAAGUGAAAUCAUUGCCACGAUACCAUAAAAAGAAAAAAGCCCAAAAGCUUACUCCAAUAUUCCUGUUGCCAAAAUUAGAAUACCAAGCCUAUUACGGUGUUGAAGCUCUUACAGAAAGCGAAGUAUGUCAGUUGUGGACAGAGAGUAUGUUGCAUUCUGAAUGCUUAUUUUAUAUUG